AUAAAGCCUCCAUUUCCCACGACCCGGAAACAUCCUCCAUCUUUCUUCACUUCACUCCACUCUUAAACCCUAACCAGAAACCACCCUCACCUCACCCUCACUCACUAGCCCUCCACUUCGCGACUCAGUCCGCAACCCGGCACCUGUUUCGCCAUGUCCGAGCUCGAGAUGUCCCGCUCCGAGAAGAAGAAGAAGAAGCACCGCUCCAAGGACGGCGAGCCCGAGAACCGCUACUCGGCGGCGACCCACAAGGACGCCGACGACGCCGCCACCGAUGACUACAUGAUCAAGCCCCAGUCUUUCACGCCCUCCAUCGACACCUCGCAGUGGCCGAUCCUGCUCAAGAACUACGACCGACUCAACGUCCGGACGGGGCACUACACCCCGCUCCCCUCCGGCUUCUCCCCUCUCAAGCGGCCCCUCGCCGAGUACAUCAGGUACGGCAUCCUCAAUCUUGAUAAGCCCGCGAACCCCUCGUCGCACGAGGUCGUCGCGUGGAUCAAGCGCAUCCUCCGGGUCGAGAAGACGGGCCACAGCGGCACCCUCGACCCGAAGGUCACGGGGAACCUGAUCGUUUGCAUCGACCGGGCCACCCGGCUCGUGAAGUCCCAGCAGGGCGCGGGGAAGGAGUACGUGUGCGUCGCGAGGCUGCACUCGAAGGUCCCGGAGGUCGCGAAGGUGGCCCGGGCGCUCGAGACUCUCACUGGGGCGGUCUUCCAGAGGCCGCCCUUGAUUUCUGCCGUGAAGAGGCAGCUUAGGAUUAGGACCAUUUACGAGAGUAAGCUAUUGGAGUACGACGUCGACCGGCAUUUGGUCGUUUUCUGGAUAUCCUGCGAGGCAGGCACUUAUGUGAGGACGAUGUGCGUGCAUUUGGGGCUUAUUUUGGGUGUUGGAGGGCAUAUGCAGGAGCUGAGGAGGGUUCGGUCGGGGAUUCUCGGUGAGAAGGAUAACAUGGUGACGAUGCACGAUGUGAUGGAUGGUCAGUGGUUGUAUGAUAAUUAUAGGGAUGAGAGCUAUUUGAGGAGGGUGAUUAUGCCACUUGAGGUUCUGCUGACGAGUUACAAGAGGUUGGUGGUGAAAGAUUCAGCAGUGAAUGCCAUCUGUUAUGGUGCGAAGCUGAUGAUUCCGGGGUUGCUGAGGUUUGAGAAUGAUGUCGAGGUUGGGGAGGAAGUCGUGUUGAUGACUACCAAAGGGGAAGCUGUCGCAUUGGGCAUUGCUGAAAUGACCACGGCCGUGAUGGCAACUUGUGAUCACGGUGUGGUGGCAAAGAUUAAGAGGGUUGUUAUGGAUCGGGAUACUUAUCCGAGGAAGUGGGGGCUCGGCCCGAGGGCGUCUAUGAAGAAGAAACUGAUGGCUGAAGGGAAGUUGGAUAAGCACGGAAAGGCGAAUGAGAAGACCCCUCAAGAAUGGCUUAGGAAUGUGGUUCUCCCAACUGGUGGAGAUUCUAUGGUUGCCAGUCUUGCUGCUGCAGCUGAACCGGCAAAGCCAGAGAAGGAGAUUUCUGUCGUUGGGGAGGGUUCCGUUCUCGAGAAGAAGGAGAAGAAAAGGAAAAGUAAGGAUGAGGAUGGUGAGGUGGAUGAUGGUAAUGUUGCUCCUGCUAAAAAGGCCAAGGUGGAAGAAGCCGAGGAAGUCGAGAGGGAAGAGAAAGUGAAGAUUAAGAAGGUGAAGGAAGAUGCGGUGGAAUUGGAAGUUGAAAAGAAAGAGAAGAAGAAGAAGAAGAAGAAGAAGGACAAAGAGAAUGGUGAUGUGUCUGCGGAUGAGGAGACGGCUCGGAAAGAAAAGAAGGGGCACAAGGAUAAGGCUGCCGAAGCUGUUUCUCCAGAUACAGAGAAAUCGGAGAAGAAGAAAAAGAAGAAACAGAACAAAGAAGCUGACGAUGCUACCAGCAAUGGUAGGGAUGACGAUGGGGAUAAAUCGGAGAAGAAGAAGAAGAAGAAAGAGAAGAAAAAAGACCGAGAAGAAUGAUCGUAACGGGUGGAAUAACUCUUACGUCAUUUAGUAUCUGCUCAUCGGGAUCGAUCUCAUCCAUGGACAAGCGGCGAACAGCUCCUGCAAUUUCCUUAUGUAUUUCAAUGAGAAUUGAAACUGAUCCUGCGGCUGAGCUCUGUUUUAUUUGUAGGUUAUCUUCUCUAGUUGUUCAACAUGUCUCUCCUGGUUUCUACUUGCAUUGUUUAAUUGCUGUUGUUUAUGCUUUUGUUUUGCUCUUCUUCGUCUUUUUGAUCCAAUACAUGGCAUUCGCUAUUGCAAGGAUAUUUAUCUGGA